CAGCAGCUCAUUUGGAUGAGGAGAGCCGAGCAGAGCGCAGCGCAGCGCAGCCUCCAUCCUCCAUCCUCCAUCCUCCAGCUGCGCUCCGAGCCCGCAGCUCUCCGGAACACUCCGUCUUUCUCAAUCCAAACGCAAAACAAAUAUGAGAUAAUUAAAGUCGUGGCUCGCUGGAUGCGGAUGAUUCUGCCGUCUUCCGGUGGUUUUCUCUCUUCUCUGUUUCCCUCGCCGAUCAGUCUGUGGAAUGGUCUGCGUUUUCUCCCCUGAGUCGUGUCCACUUCAGCAUGGGAACUGCGGUGUCCAAAAGGAAGAAUCUGAGGAGUGAUGCGAUUUCUUCCGUGGCCGCAAAAGUUCGAGCAGCCAGAGCAUUUGGAGAAUACCUGUCCAACACCAAUCCAGAGAACCGCAACGGAGCAGAUCAUCUAUUGUCUGACACUUUCCCCGGCCAGGACUGCGACUCUCCAGACGUUAGCCGCUUGCAUAACAACAAUCUGCCACCGCAGAGUCGUCGUUUACCCAUAGCUAAACCCAACCAGCCCAGCCAGUCCAAUCCCAGCGCUCGCCCACAGUCUCAGCCUCAGGUCAACACCAUCCAGGCUCAGGCCGCGGCGGGUCCCUCCAAACGUCGCCUCUCCGCUGAACGCAGCCUCUCCACAGAGGACCCGCCAGGUCCCAGGGUCACAGAGGGGAGCGUUGCUGUGAAGCCAGCCAGAGUGUACACAAUCACCAGGGAAGGAGGGAUGACUCUGGGGGUUCGUGGCAGCGAGGAGAGCCUGGAGCUGGAGGUGCUGAAGAGCUCCAGGGAGCAGCCUCUGGCCCCGACCCCUGCCUCUGCCACCCACACCCAGUCCUGCACCAGCCAACCCUCAGCUGCCCGCGGUAGCCACCACCGUAGUAGCCAUCACCGCAGCAACCAUCACCAUGCUCAGCAGCACCACGGAGGCCCGCAGUCAUCGUCACAGCCGCUGCAGAACUCGGGGAGUGCCAGCAACAUCCGGGACUGGGGGGUGAGGAGAGGGGGGUCGCGGGACGACUACACCCCAGACUGUGUGGCCUGCAUUCGGGCUCCGUGUCAAAGCCAGCGGUCCCUGGACCUGGAUACCUCACCGCGAGAUGGAGGGAAGCACCGCAAGAAGCUGGAGAGGAUGUACAGCGAGGACAGAGCGUCUGCUGACGACAGGGAGGACAAUCCUAAUAGCUGGUUCCCCAAAGAGAAUAUGUUCAGCUUUCAGACAGCCACCACCACCAUGCAGGCAAAUUUCCGCAAACACCUUAGGAUGGUUGGCAGCCGCAGGAUGAAGGCCCAGACCUUCGCCGACCGCCGAGCCAAGAGCUUCAGCCGCUCGUGGAGUGACCCCACCCCUGUCAAGCCUGAGUCCCUGCAUGACUCCAGAGACAGUGGCGAGCUUCAGACCUCCUCAGGGACUCUGGAUGAAGGGCUGGAUGAGGAUGCCGACUGGGAGGAGGAGAGGGAGAUGGAGAGAGCGGCCUGCGAAGGAGAGGACUUCAUCCCACCGAAAAUCAUGCUGAUAUCCUCCAAGGUACCGAAGGCUGAAUAUGUUCCCAACAUCAUCCGUAGGGACGACCCCUCCAUCAUUCCUAUUCUUUAUGACCACGAACACGCCACGUUCGAUGACAUCCUCGAGGAGAUCGAGAAAAAGCUGACUGCCUACAGAAAAGGCUGUAGAAUCUGGAACAUGCUCAUUUUCUGUCAGGGAGGUCCGGGACAUCUGUACCUGCUGAAGAACAAAGUGGCCACGUUUGCCAAGGUGGAGAAAGAGGAAGACAUGAUCCAGUUCUGGCGGCGGCUCAGCAGGCUGAUGACGAAGCUGAACCCGGAGCCGAACCUCAUCCACAUCAUGGGCUGCUAUGUGCUGGGGAGCGCUAACGGAGAAAAGCUUAUUCAGACUCUGAAGAGGCUGAUGAGACCCUCCUCAGUCGAAUUCAAGUCCCCACUAGAGCUGUCGGCACAAGGCAAAGAGAUGAUCGAGAUGUACUUUGACUUCCGUCUGUUCCGCCUGUGGAAAAGCCGUCAGCACUCCAAGCUGCUGGACUACGACGACCUCUUGUGACAUCACCCCGUGUUCCGUUGGCUUGUUGGCCGGUUAUUGCGAGUCUGAGCCUACUGCUGUACGGUGACAGGGCGUUUGGUUGACGGAGCCCCCACCCUUCUGAGCGGCUCCUAGACCUCCUCUGAGGCCGAGCUGGAGCAGCAGCAGCAGCAGUUGGGUCUGUUUUUUUUAGCCCUUCUGAAGCGACGUGGUGUGGCCCUGUAGAUCCAGCCAGUGGUGUACCUUUUCUCCCCUAUCCAUUGUCACUUUCUGCCUAUCUCCUCCAGAAAAGAGAGGGAAAAAGGGGGAAAGCGAGUGACUCAUCAUCCUAGCCUAAAUGUGUCAAAGACGAUAACUAGAGUUAGAGUUAGAGUCACACAGGAUGUUGGAUAGCAGAGGGACAACAGAGAAAAGAAAGAACUCUUUUUGAGUUUCCAGGGUGACAGGUUUAUUUUUUGUUUUUUGCCUUGCCUUUAGCCAGCCUAUCGGUUCUUUAAAGAUGGAGGCUAACAAGGACGGAGGUAUUUUCUUUGUCACUUGUGGAAACUACUUACUAAGGAAUCAGAGCUCAUAUGUACAUAAACAAGUGCUUGCAGGAGCAGUAGAGAAUAGAUUUCCAGCAUCUCUUUCCAUGCUAUCAUGUGAAAAUGUAGACAUCGAAUUAGUCUUAUUUAAUAUUAAAGUCGGCUAUUUAACACAGCUUUUUUAAAACUUCAGAUAAACGUGUUAGUAUUUCGUACAGACUGUUGUAUUAACUCAGGUUAAAUCCCUUGUUUUCUACUAAGAAUUGUACAACAUACUGUAGAUCAGGAUCAAAGGCCUUCAUCGUCCACACAGAGUCAUCUUCAGUGGAACGUUGCGACUGUCAGGGAUGUCGUAUCCUUACUUGUGUGUGGAGGGCGGAGCUUUUUUGAAUUUCCAUAGUCUUUCGAGUCAGCUGUAGCCGAACAGACAGACGUAUCCGUGCAUGUUUCAUAACAUUACAGCGGUACAUUUCAGCCAACACUAGCUAUCCUUUCUUCAGCUGUUGGUUAGCAAAUGUUCAGCCUUUUUGUGUGUUCGUACUGCAUGUGUGUGUCCAUAGCUUCUGUGCAUAGUUCCCCUGCAGGUGGAGACUAUGACACCGUACUCUUAACCAUGACAUUAUAUAAGACAGAAUACAUACAUGUAUAUUUAGGUUAUUUCAAUGAUUUACUCGUGUUUUUGGAGUGUUUCUUUUUUAAGACUUGACUUGAAUCACUCUAAGUAGCAAAUGAGUGUUAGAGGUGAGACUUUCCUUUGACUUUUAGUUCCUCCUCACCACCACGUCCUAUUCUGUGUUAAUAUACUCUUAAAACCAGUGCUGUCAUUGGGUGAAUACCACACGAUUUAAUGGUGUCACUAAAUACUGUCUUUGCCAUACAUAUUUCUGGUAUUAAUAUCUAUUUUAGAAUGGUUUUGCUAGUGACAUGUAUUUUGUCGAUAUUAACAGAAAGGAUUUGAAAGUUGUACUCCUCUGAUUUAGUGUUGCAUUUUCCUGAAACUGAAGGAUUUAAGCCAAACAAAUCAGAAAAGAGCAGUCAAAAACGAAGUCAUGCAACAUCAUGUUGAUUGUUGUAGUUUGGAUCAGUGUCCAAAAACACAAGAUCCUACAUUUCCCAACAUGCAGCUUGAUUGUGUCUUUUAAUUAGAAUGUCUUUUCACAAAUAAAUAGUGAAUCAUGAACACCAAAUACCGCCGCAGUAAAGUCCGGUUUCCAGCAGGCUUCAGUCUGUACAGGAUGUUACGGAUAUAUUGGCUAUUACAACCCAUUUUAGCAGAAUUUCUGAAAAAGCUGUUCUAUUUUUUUAAAGCAAGGGCUCACCCUGGUGUACUGCAGAGCUACACACUAAAUAACUAACACAACUAACAGUAAAUGCUUAGGGUAGAGUACCGUGUUAAAACUUGUAUCUAAUUUGGAACGUCGGCAGUGAAUAAGUGUAAAGUCAGACAGGAUGAGUGACAUCUACAUCGCUUUAUCUGCAGCUUGUGCUGAGGUGGCCGUGCUCUUCAUCAUACACCCUCCUCCUCCUCCUCCUCCUCUCUGCAAAGAUGCAGCUUCAGACCAAAUGUUCUCACAGAGAUAUGAAAGAAUGAGGAGAAAGUGAAGCCUGUGUUUGCUCUUCAUUGUAGUCUGGAUGUCUGAAUUCAGAUGAAAGUUAAGGAAUGAUUCAGGAGAGGGAUUUCUAUAUGGGACAGUAACACAACAGAUGUUAUUCAUCCAUACAUGCUUCCUAUAUGCAGGCCUCUCUGCACAUGUUCGCUGUUUGUGUUGCGACUAUGGGUGGCUGAGCGCUUUCAGUGCUUAUUUACAGAACAUCCAUGUGUUGUUGCUGCUUCCUGAUCCAUACAGGUCAACUGAGCUGGAAGAAGUGCUCAUGGCACUGGUGUGUUGUGAGUAGCUCUUAGUCUGCAGGAUGCAGAUGGACGAUUCGAAUGCCAACACUAUUCAUCUUAAUGCAUCCUGGAGGACAGUGGGCUCUCUAAGGGGAGCUGCAGUCCAAGGAGGGACAUCAAGGCAUUGGUAACAUCUCAUUAAAGCCAGCCAGAAUGUCAGAGAUUAGAACUGUCUUAGUGUUUUCUAGUCUAGCAGUUGUUUCCUUUUUUUUUUUUUUUUUUUUUUUUUUAAACUGAGGGCAAUAAUCAGAGGAAGCGUGUCAAAUGAGAGAUUGUGUGUUUUGAUCCAACACGGCUGGACUGGUUUUUGGAUUGAAGCCCUUUAAGUGGAUGGAGAACACAUGAGUUACAUCUGAUUUCACUCAGCAGCACUAACACUGUUUGCAUUAUCUGGUUCCAGUUAUGAGAAUGGGCAGAUGUGUGUUUUCCCUGUUUUUAACGUGUAUCUGUACAGAAGUGCUCAGCAUUCACGGAAGAAAAAACCUCAUAAAUAUGAAUUCCUUUCUGAUAAGUACGACAUUUAGAUGCCAUUUUUACUAUAAAAGGUUGAGCUCUCUGGGUUGAAAUGUUAAAUUUCAACAAAGUCCUUUGGAAAAUGUUACAUUAGAUGUUAAAAGUCUUCACAUGUGUGAACAGAUGUAAACUUUUGUGGUGUUCAAUUAGUUUCAAACCUGUGCACAUAAAAAACACAGGCGUAUCCUUUGAUGUAUUAUUUGAGUUAUUAAAUAUGAGUCUUGCUUUAUUACUGCAGGAGCUCUACAGUUCAGAGGCAAAUAUUGUACUUUUACUCUACAUUCAUUCGAUAACUUUACUAGUUACACUAACAAUACAAUACUAUAUGUAUAUAAAAUUACCCAAACUAGCCAGUAACAGAUAUUAAAAUUAACUUCACCUUCAUUAGCUGUAAUAAAAUAAUGAACACAUGAAUUAAUAUAAUAUACACUACUGUUCAAAAGUCUGGGGUCACUUAGAAAUGUCCUCAUUUUUGAAAGAAAAGCUUUUUUUUUCAAUUAAGAUACCAUUAAAUGAAUGAUAAAUCCAGUGUAGACAUUGUUAAUGUGGUAAAUGACUAUUGUAGCUGGAAACAGCUGAUUUUUAAUGGAAUAUCUCCAUAGGGGUACAGAGGAACAUUUCCAGCAACCAUCACUCCUGUGUUCUAAUGCUACAUUGUGUUAGCUAAUGGUGUUGAAAGGCUAAUUGAUGAUUAGAAAACCCUUGUGCAGUUAUGUUAGCAUGUGGAUAAAAGCGGGAGUUUUCAUGGAAAUCAUGAAAUCGUCUGGAUGACGUUAAACUUUUGAACGGUAGUGUACAUUAUUCUGAAAAGGACCAUUCUGCACAAUGAGCAUUUUUGCUUUUGAUACUCUUACACUUUUAAUUAAGUGAAAAUGGAUGCAUUGAAAUCAGUGUAGACACUGUGAUAUUACUACUUUUAUCAGAGUGUAAAAUCUGAGUCCUUGUUCCACGUCUGUCAGAGAGACAGACCAAUUAUCAGCCACCGUUCUGCCUCCAAAGUCUCAGAAAUCAACUCGACAACUUGACUUGACUGACAUCCCAUCAGACAGGACAUUUGUACACCUGAGCAGAAAUGCUUCCUUGUGAGGAAGACCUGCUCUGUGGACUCCUCUCUUGUGCAUGUUUUUAUGUACACAGGUCUGGACAUGAAUUAAGCACCAUAGUGUAUGUUACUGCCUUGUUCCUGUAGCCUAUAUGUGUUCACAGUCUGACAGAUUACGCCUGUGGAAGUUGUUUUUAGCAGUUCUUCCAUUAUACUGAGAACUCUCCCUGAAUGACUGUGAUGCUAAAGAAAAGGUGAUUCUCAGGCCAGUUCUUCACUGUCUUCUUCUAGGAGUUUUAAGCCGGUUUAUGGAUGCUUGUUUGAAAUGAACAACAAAGAUAAAGAUAUUUUCUUACUCUAGAGUUGAUUAUCAUAACGCAGACAUUCAGAUUUCCUGAUUUUGAGAUCUGUUCUCAUUCUAAUGAGAUGAUAAAUCAUCGUUAGGGGGAGAUAAAGUCUUCAAAGUCGGUUUCUUUAGUGGAUGCAGUCUUCUUCCAUAUUUAUGUGUUACUGUGAUUUCUGUUUUCUGUCUGUGUUAACAGUGCUGUUAACUUAUCUCUGCGCCUCAACACAGAAAAUGUCACAGUAAUUAUGAUAAUUUGCUACAACCACCAGAACAGCAAAGGUCCUGCUGUAGUAUGGAUUAAAAAUGCUAGCUUUCUCAAAAUGAUUGCUACUUUAAUUGCUAAGGGUUUGAACCAUUUAUCCAGACUGUAAACUGUCUGGGUCCUUAAAUUACCUGAACAGCAGAGAGAAACAGGUAAUUAUUUGUAAGGGGAUCUUUUAUCCGAAGUCCCCCCGUUUUCUCAGUUACCUUUGUAUUUUUUUAGCUAUGCUGUUCAUGUAAACUCAAAACUUUCUGCAAUUUUUCCUGUCAUUAUGAUAAAUAAGACAUAAUGUACUUUAUACUGCACACCAUUUUGAUUUACUGUUUACUGGUAGUUUCCAUUGUUCUGUUUUUUUUUUUUUUUCUGAAUGUGUAAAGUCACAAAAAGAUUCUCCAAAGCUCAAAGUGUGUAAAGCCUCUUGUUGGGUGUGUUGAGUAAAACUCAUUCCAACUUAAAUUCACUCAUAAAAACGACUAAGCAGUAGGAGUGGUAAUGAUGUGAGUCAGUGCUGUGGAAAUGUAUCUGAUGCUGAGUUUAUUCUGUGAUCUAGAACAAGUAAUUCCACCUCUCCUCAGUUUUUCAUGCAGCCUUUAACCGUCUAUGCUGGACACUUCCAGCUCUUACUUGAGACAUUAUUCAGAUUCUGGCUUUUACAGUAUUUGAUAUUAAUCUUGUAAAACAUGGAAAGUCCUGCUCAUUAGAUUGUUUCUAUAACAUAAUGUCAGAGUUAAUGUAAUGUCUGUUUAAGCAUAGGGCUUUUUAAGGUUCUGUUUCCCUUUGGUUGUGCAUUAUAUCCUGACUGCUUGGGUUUAUUCUAUGAGAUCGUUGCUAUCUUUUGUGUGCAGUGACCUCUUCAAGGUAGAUCUGACCUUCAAAGUGUUGUACAUUCACGUCCAUAUGUUACAGCAUCACCCACUCUCCCACAAUCUUACUCCUGUAGCAAUAUACUGUGUAUGAAUAUUUCAACUUGUAUAUGUGUGUGUACUAGACAGGGAGCAUUGUUUAAGGUGUAUUAGUCUGUAACAGUGCUGGGUGUUAAUGACUAUUGAUUUGCAGUGCUGUGGCUGAUGGACAGAAACAAAGACAGCAGGAAGCUCACUGCUCAGCUCCACUAAUCCUACAAGACUCUUCUGCUGCUGUGCGUUUGAGUGAAGGCCGAACCACUGAGCAGCUUUUUGAUUUGACCGAUUACCACAUUGUUAACAUUUAUAUAAUUGUUAGAUGUGGAUUUGGUUGUGGCUAAGUUCUGAGGAGCUCCAGUGGUGAUUGAAGUGAACUGUCUCCUUAAUUGGAUGUAGUCAGGCUGCAGGCGAAGGAUCUAAGAUGUCUAAGGCUGUACUGAUCCAUGCAUCAUUAGUUACAGGUUGCAUGUUGCACUCUACACAGUCAGCAUUUGCAUUCGGCCCUUUUAGUGCAGCCUAAACUUUAGCGAUUGUCCUGACCGCAAGAACCGCCCCUGCAGAACCUCUUCUAGGAGAAGAACACGCCCCACUCUGGGCUAGGUACUUCUGAACUGCUGUGAGGGUCUCAUUGCUGAUUGGUUAAGUCUGGAGAAGAGAAAUGCUGAUUGUUAAUAUUCAGAGAGGACGAGUGCCAUUUUUCUGACCUGUCGAUGUCCUCACCCAGCAGCAGUCUUCUCUCCUUUAACAUCGCCAUCAGCAAUAAAAUGAACUAUAUAAGCUAACAUAAUAAACCUCUAUUGAUCGAUGAGCAUGUAGGACGUAGAUCAACUGGGCUAACUGCUGUUUGUUUCUGUCUGGGUGCACUCAGAGUUAACAUCAUGUCCAUAGUUGUUGGAUCCUACAAUGGAACCAAAGAGGCUGAAAGGGUAGACUACACAUUCCUGUGAAUGUUAGCGCCACCUAGCACCUGCCUGGAGCAGUCGAAAGCCGUGUAUUUAUUUGAACCAUAUUUUCAACAGCUCAGCUUUACAUGUGAACACUGGACGAGGCAAUAGACCUCAGUCAUGUUCGUUUAAAGGAGUCAAGCAAAGCGUCAGGCAGCCUUGGCAAUCUUUUUUGGGUGCUGGCAACUUUUGGAGAAAAAAUAAAUCUUAGACACGAAAAGAAAACUCCGAUCUCAGAUGUCAAGACUCUUAAAUAAGGUCCUGUACAGAUCCAUUGUGGUGUAGCUGAUGGGAACACUCGGUUCGACCUGGUUCACUGAAGCAGCCGUUUCCAUUUCCUGAGAACAUAAUUACACAAAUCAAGAGACUGAUCUUUGCCUCCCCUGUCCUGUUGUUUCCUAAAUGAAACCGCAUGUCCCAUUGAGAGCAGAAGACAGCUGAAUUAUUAUUAAGCAUUGUUGUGCCCUCCCCGCUGCUUCUUGCCACUUUCCAUGAAGAUUGCCAGGGCUCGGCUGGGAGCGUGAUUGAGUUUGAUGAGAGCGAUGGAUUGAUGCUGCUUUGAUUGCCCCGACACCUCCAGUAGGGCUGUGAUCGUAUUUUAGGACGGGUGGAAAAUAAUGUGUUUAUGUUAAUGUCUGUUUCACUUUGCAUCAACUUCUAGCUCCUCUGACUGAGCAUUACAUUUUGGAAUAGCUUUUUUAGACUAACGCUGUAGAGAGUGAUAGACGUUAAAUAAGGUUCAAACACAGACUUAUCAUCCAUGUGUCCUGAUAGAGAAAAACGUGUUUAUUAUGAAAGGUAUAAUAGCAAAUAACAUAAAUGUAUAUCUGGUGAUUUUGAUACUAGUAGAAGUUAACAAUAUAUCUGGGUAGCUUUCUGAGCUUUUGGGUUCUUCCUUAGAAUAGACAUUAUAGAUGGAACUUUAAGGUGACUGCUUAUUGUAUUUAAACUAAUAGCAAAGAAAUGUUGUUGCAUUGCACAAUGUUGGUAAUAACCUGUGAGAAAAAUGAUUGUUUUUAAAGCAUUUUUUUUCAGUAAAGCAUAGUUCUACACA